AUGGCAACAAACCCUAAUCUACGUCCUUGCGACGGCAGAUUCGAACAACUUCCAAAGGAGUUAGUGAUGGACAUUCUCUCAAGGGUCUCCGUCAAGGCCCUCUUCAGCUGCAGGUGCGUUUGCAAAUAUUGGCUUUAUAGUAUUUCUGACCCUGAAUUUCCACAUCUACACCGUUUAACAUCACCCAUUGGCAUAUUGAGCAAGAACGAACCCAGGGGGCCACGGUACCACGUGGAGGAUUCAACGAAACUUCAGUUCACCCAGCUACAAGAGUCGGCCUGCGGUUCCGAUUUCCAGGUCCAGAGAAUGCAGUUUACUACCAAAAAUAAUCUACCUAUUGACAAGUUUCAUUUGAUAAACUCGUACAAUGGGUUACUUUGUUUGUCUCGAAUAAUGGACAGAGAUGACACCUUCUAUGUGUGCAAUCCAAUCUUGGGUGAGUACAUCACGCUUCCCCCGACCAAUUGGCAUUCUCAUAAUUGGUGGAGAACAUUUUCAGGGAUUGGUUAUAGCGCCACGACUAAUGAAUACAAAGUUUUGCGAACCUCUCGUACAAAAAAUCAGAACUUAGUGUCAGAGAUAUACACCAUCGGUACAGGAGCAUGGAGAAGCAUUGGAUUGGCUCCUGCUCUUGAACAAAACAUUCAUGUUAAUUCGCAAGGCGAUUGUUUUCUGCAUGGAGCUCUUCAUUGGAUUUCCAAUAGUGCAGAAUCACCUGUUUAUUCCUUUAACUUUGAAAUAGAACAAUUUCGACCAAUACCCCUCCCAAGAGUAAGAGUUAAGUCAUCAUCAGUAUACGAUUUGAAGUUGGGAGUGAUAGGAGGUUGUCUUCUUUUUUGUACGCCCCAUUAUCAUAUUUGCAAAGUUGACAUGUGGAUUAUGAAGGAUUAUGGUGUCCAGGAGUCUUGGACUAAAAUUGUUCUAGUCACAAACACUGCCAGGGUAUUAUGGGGCCUUAGAUACUGUUGCAAUGUUUUUAGAGACUAUCGCGGUGUUCUUGUGUCUCCGAAAAAUGGGGACGUCUUUAUGUACAAUGGCGGUGUAGUUUGUUAUAACCAAGAAACAAAGAGUUUCAGGGAAAUUGAAAUUACUCUGACUGACGAGAGGACACGUGAUGCAAUUUCUUACAGUCCAUCCUUUGUUUCACUCUACAACCUAGGAGAGGAGGUGAAGUGGUACUAAAACUAUACUUCCUGUCUCCUGACAUAUUUAUGCCUAAAUUUAGUCACGUCUCUCUGCUGCAACUUUUGUUUUUGUAUGCUUACCAUGUGAUAUGCAGGGUUCGAGGCAUUAAGAAACCCAAAACAAAGCUGUUUGCUGACGGGAGAUACCAUGGUGCUUGUUCUAGGGUGCCACUCUUCAAGUCCUUAAAGUCCUCCGUUAGUUUUCAUAGUUCAUAUAUCUAUUCAUUUAGUCUUUCUUUGAAUUUGUCCGAUGGUUGUUGAUUAUCUCUCCUUUUGUUGAACAAUUAACGUUCUUUCUUUUCAGCUGGAUUUCACUCUGAGGACAUGUACUGCAUGCACUACCUGCGGCGGGAACUUGGGUUAUGUUUUCAGAGGUACGGGAUUCCCGAUGUGUCAAGAAUGCUUCGACGCAAGUUCCUGCUGAGAAUUUUGCAAUUACUUUUGCAUAGAAAGG